GGCCAGCCAUGUUUUCACAGAGAGGGAGUUUCCCCGACUGCUCUUACUUUGAAGGUGCACCUGUGCAGGUAUGAAGACUUCCCGUUGAAACAGAAAGUAGACUUGUCACUUCACACCGGCAGUCUGUUCAGAGUGGAGCGCAGUCGCCCCGGCUUUUGAAGAUGACAGCACACGUGGUGGUGUUUGUGCUCCUGUUAGUCGUCGCAGCAGCGGAACCAGGACUUGCGACUCUGGACGCCGGUGUGAACGAAACCACGUGGACACAAGAACCUGGAGAUCAGUCGGUACAACGUCCGUUGCUGAGUCCCAAAACAGGAAAGACAGCUUGCGAGCAUCUCUUGAAGGUUGAACAAGGGAAAGAGUCUGUCCUGCUUCCCUAUGUGCCUCAGGUGAAUAUGUCCAGCGCAUCUGUUGUGGUGUGGGCUCGCAAGGGUGGAAGCGGUAGCACAUUUGUUCACACGCUUGACAAGAGUGGGGACAGGCCCAAGGACCCGCGUUACGCCGGUCGAACCCAGAUGAGGCCGGACGCAUUGCAGAGCGGGAACCUCAGCCUGACGCUGAUGAGGCCGGCCGCCAACGACAGCGGCAACUACACCUGCACCGUGAGAGAGUUCGGACAGGAACUCUCUCACUGUGAAGUGCAGCUGGCAGUUGUAGUCAGAGGGACUGAAGAUCCUCCCAACCUCACCUGGAUUGCUGCGGUGGUGGUGCCGGUGUUGGUGUUGGUGUUUGUUGGUGUUGGUGCCAUCAUUGGAUACAAAAAGUUCUGCAAGAGGAAAACCGAUGUCCCCACGGACAAUUCAGAGGGGCAGCAGCUCCGAGACCUACAGGUGGAGGUGGAGUCAGGGGUGGAGUCUGUCCAACUGCCCUUUGGAGCCACACCUGAGCUGCCUGCGGGCUUCACAGUGGAGUGGAAGACCGGGGAAAUGAUGGUCCACACUACAGAGCCUGGGGUCCAGGAUCAGAAUUACGGCAGAACUGAGAUGAACGACGAGACGUUCGAGCUGACCCUGAUACACCCGACAAAAAGAGAUGAAGGAACCUACAGCUGCACUGUGUAUGACAAGAAAAGAAUCGUGGAGACACGUCAGGUGGAGCUUAAGGUCAACGAUGCAGUGGUGGAGGUGGAGUCAGGGGCGGAGUCUGUCUCGCUGCCCUUCCAAACCACACCUAACCUGCCUGAUGCUAGGGUGCAAUGGUGGCAUGACGAUCUGAAGGUCCGCGUCCACUUUUACCCUGACAGCUCAAAUCAGAACCCAGGUUACAGAGACAGAACAAAGAUGAACGACAAACCGUUGGAAACCGGUGACCUCAGUUUGACCCUGAACCGCCCGAUACCCGGUGAGGCAGGAACCUACAUCUGCGAAGUGUUUGAUACACAAACAGGUUUCCUGAGAGAGAAAAGGAUACGUCUCACCGUCACAGACACCAGGUUGAUGAUUAAUCCGUUGCCACCAGGAGAAGAAGGAACUCCUCUGAUGUCUGAUCAGACUGAAGAGCCUCAUGAUUAGUUUGUGAUUGUGUUCUCUCUGAUAAUUAUUGAUAUUGU